UGAGUGCGUUGGUUUUUUUUUUGUUUUUGUUGCGUGGUUGUAUGAGAAAAAUAAAUUGUUUUCAAUAAUGGAUAAAUCCACAACAACGAACACGGCAAAUGCAAAAGCCGCAACGGACACCAGUGUUAAAAAUGAGGCAACCGCAACAAACGAGGCUGGGCGUGGUAGUACUGGCAACAGCAGCAGCAGCAGCAGCAGCAUCAACGAAGCUAACAAUAGCAGCAGCAGCAUCUACAGCAAGAGUAACAACAACAAGCGCAACAACAACAGCAACAACAAUGGCAGGCAACGGUUUUCUCAGACUGCGGCCAUGGCAGCCGCAAUGGCAACAACAAGUACGUUGCUAGGCAGCAGCAACAGUUCCACAACAGUUGCCAACAGAACUGGAAUGAACACGGGAACUGGAACGGGAACGGUAACUGGCAACAAUAUGAUGAUUAACCUCAAUAUUAGCACGACAACCGGCGGCAACUUCGGUGUCAACGUCGACCCGCACAUUAGUGUCGAGAGCUUGAAGAAGAUUAUAGCCAAGAAACUGAAAGUGGCCAAGGAUCGCAUUUGUUUGCUGCAUCGCGAAAAAGAACUACAAGAGGGAACGCUUAGAGGUCAUAACUUAAUGGACGGCUCCAAGAUAAUUUUAAUACCAAACGUCGAAACUGGUUUGCUGGCACAGCGUCCAGAGAAUACAGUGAUGCAAGCGCUGGAAUCGCUCAACGACUCUCAGGUUAAUGAUUUUCUCAGUGGCAAGACUCCAUUGAAUCUUAGCAUGCGUCUGGGAGAUCAUAUGAUGCUUAUUCAGCUGCAAUUGAGCACCGUUAAUCCUGGCGGUACGGCCGCAACGGCUGCCCUGCCACCUGUGUCGAGCGGCAGUAGCUCCGGCAGCGGCAAAAACAGUGCCAGCAGUGGUUCUUCCUCUUCAGCGCCUAGCAGAACCAUAAACUGCAGCUAUCCUGAUGGAAGUCGUGUCUCCCAUUCGUCACAUACGCGGACCCGUUCCUCCAGCCAGCGAUUGGCUAGCGGACGCAUUGGCAAUGGUCAUGUGCAUAGCCACCAGCAUCCGAGUCUGCAGCACAGCCAUAGCUAUCACCAUCAUCAUCAUCAUCACCAUCACAAUGCCUCGGCGAUGGCCGCUGCCAGCGCUGGCGCCCCAACACGAAAGCUCGACUUGGAGCGUUCCAGUAACGGCGGAGGUAGCAGCACCAUAACCGGUGGAGGUUCGGGACAUGGGCAUGGACAACAAGCCAUUAAGUCCUCCGAUCUCAGUUCAUUCCUUAGCAAACGAGACUAUGCGAGUCUGCAGAAUAUUGUGAAGAGUAUUGCUCCGCGGGCGGCAGCUGCGGCCGCUGCCGCUGCGGCUAACCAGGCAUCCAGGCAACCAUCAGCAGCAACAGCAGCAGCAGGUUCAUCGGCACAUUCAAAACCUUUACUGGAACAAUCGCCAAUUAAGUCGCUUUCAAAUCUCGUCUCGUCUCCCAUCAAAACGACAGCUAUCAAGAACAUACACAUUUCCCAAGGGUCAGUUAGUGCCAGUUCCAGUGGCGUUGCCAGCUCCAGUUCUAGCUGUAGCUCUAGCUCUAGCUCUAGCUCUAGCGCUAGCUCUAGCGCUAGUUCGAGCUCCAGCUCUAGCGCCAGCACUAGCGCUAGCUCCAGUUACUCUAGUGCAUCUUCUGUUAGCUGUAUAAGCGAUGGCUGCCAGCAGGAUCCGAUAGCCGCCAAGCUCACCUCAUGCUUAUGCACGCGCCUGCCAACACCUGCACCAGCGCCAGUAGAUACAACAACGGCAGCACCACCAACAUCAACAACAUCAGCAGCAGUAGCAGAAACUGCUUUAACAACGUUAACAAAUCCCAAUAUUGUAACUGGCAACCGAGCGUCUGUUGGCCCCGGCUUCGGUUUCGGUCCUGGCAGUAUUGUGGACAAUUCGCUACAUAAGACAGUCAAUAAUCCGAUUACCGUCACACGUUCCAAGCAUCGGCACCACCAUCACCAUCACCAUCACCAUCAUCAUUAUCAUCACGCCGCAGUUGCAGCUGCUGCUGUAGCAGAAGGGCUUAAGCCCCAAGAGGUGAAAAGUGGAGCAACAGCAGAAGCUGUGGCUGGCGCCACCAGCACAAGCACCACCGCUGAGCUUGAUGAUGCCGGCCUGGCUUUAUCUGAUACCCGAAAUUUAGCCGAGGCAUCGCGUAAUCUAACUCAGACAUUGCGCAAGCUUUCCAAAGAAGUUUUUACCAAUAAGAUAGACUUGUCUGGCGGUGGUAGCAUGGACGUUGGUGGCGGCAUUGGCGGCGGCGAGGAGGCACCACGUAAAAGUGGCUCCGGCGCUGUCAUUGAAUCGAUGAAAAAUCACGGUAAGGGCAUUUACUCGGGCACAUUUUCGGGCACACUAAAUCCGGCGCUGCAGGAUCGUUUUGGCCGGCCCAAGCGUGAUAUAUCAACGGUCAUACAUAUACUUAACGAUCUGUUAAGUGCCACGCCCCAAUACAGUCGUGGCGCACGCAUAAGCUUUGAGGCACCAUCCAGCAGUAGCAGCAACAGCUUUCCAAAUACAUCCAAUAGUAAAAGCGUAGCAGCUAUAACAGCAGCAGAAUCAACAGCAACACCUGGCGUACUACAACAUGGCUUGCGUAACAAACUGUAUUCGAGCAAGCAUCAGAAUUGCGGCAAAUGCAACAGUCACGCCCAUCAGCAACAACGACAGCAGCAACAAUAUACAGCAGCAACGGCAGCAGCUUUGGCUGCUGGCAGCUGUGCUUAUGGGGAAUGCAAUGGUCACCUUGUGGCCAAAGGAGGUAUCUCUGCUGCGAUCGCUGGAAGAAUCAAGUCCUCCGCACAUGGCUGCUGCAUCGAUAUUGCAAUGGCCGGCAAUGGCAGUGCGCAAAAUGCCACAGUAAUGGACAGCUCGAAUGGCUGCAUGUGCCGGUAUAACGUGGCUAGCGGCGGCAACGAGGAUGCACAGCAAGAGCACAUGUGCCAAAAAUGCGUCGUAGAACUGACCAAUUUGAAGACCAAGUCAAAGCUGGACCAAUUGCGUUUGGUCAUGCAGCAACGGAAGCAGAAGCGCGAGGCUCGCAAGCUCAAGUGCUCGCCAUACGAUGCCAAUUCGGGCACUUUGACGGCAACUGUGGAGUCGACACCGCAAUAUAACGCUGUAAGCGCGUUGGUCGCGACGUCGCUACCUGCAGCCAAGGCCAAGCACAACAGCAACAGUACAACAGCAGCAACAGCUGCUGCGGCUGCAACCACAACAUCACCCAGCGAGGUCUCACCCAAUCAUAUAGUCGAGGAGGUAGAUACGGCCGCCUAAGUACAUCUGAAACUUUGCACCCUUUGUAGCAUUUACUAAUUGAAUGUGGUAACGAUAUAAACAACAAACAAUAACAUAAAUAUGCAACCAUAUGUAAUAAGUAUAUGUUUUUUAUAUUAUUUGUUUGAAAUGCGGCAGCGCCACUCAAACCUCAUCGCAUUAGCAGUAACCAUGUAGUGUGGAUAUAACUUUAUAACUACUUACCCUAUUUAUAAUGCCCCCAUCCAAUUAUAUUCAAUCCAAUUCACCUGUUCCGCCAAGGGGCACCUGUGUUUGAAUUAACAGAAAGCGAAAGUUGUUGAACUGUUAAAUUAAUUUUAAGUGCUUAACACCAACAUGGUCAGCAACUUUAUAAUGAAAACAUUGUUAGCAUAAUUGAUCAGUCGAAUGUAGCACAAAUCUUAAUAUCCACAUCUUCCUCGCCUCACCUUCUAUCCAUACCCAUCCACUCCCACCGCUGAGGCAGGGAACCUUUAUGUAAACUUAGUUUAGUGCAAAUUUUUAAAUUUUAAAUUAAAUAUAAGCGGCAAAAACAAAGAAAGAAAAAUUGAAUGAUUUUCAUGUACAAGCCAAAACGGCGGCAACUUUGGUAGCGCUAGAAACUUAGACAAAAAUAUGAUUUAAUUUAAGGCAUAUUCAUACACAUGCACAGAAUCCCAUACUCGCAAUGCGACUUUUGCAGCUUUAUGUUAAGUUAGCCUUUUGAACAAGGCGCUGUUAACCUAAUUUGCCUUAAUAGAAACUUGUCUUUUUGUUUGUGCUUAACUUGAUCAACGUUUUGUCAUUAUAAUUAUGAUAAUUAUUAUUAUUAUUAUCAUUAUCAUUAUUAUUAUUAUAAUUGUAAACAU